AUGUGUUCAUCGAGCGAUACGCUUACUACUAAAAUUGAGGAUUUUCACAAGCAACUCGAUGCUCAAACAAACAAAGCGAAACUUGCAAAAUGUACAAUCGAUCUACGAGAUGUUCGAAUCGAUCAUUGCGAAGACCCAUUAGUUAUACCUGAAUUAUUCGUUAUUACAUUAAUUCAUAAGAACAAGAAUUAUGAUGCAUAUAUUAAUAGUCGUGUUACUGUGGGUGAUAUCUUUCGAAAAAUGGUUGAAUUAGAACUUCUUCAACAUGACGAAGUUGAUACUCAUCAACUAGCCUCCGAAGGAAAUGUACAAGUUUCGAUCGAUCUUUCUAAAACUCUUACGAAUACAACUAACGGGUCUUCUUAUCGUAUAGAACCUAUGCCACUAUUAUCUUCACUAAAAGAAAUUAUUUUUAUUAAAACUUUAACUGGUAAACUGGUUACUAUCAAUGCAUUUCUGAACAGGGAUACGAUUGCUGUAAUCAAAGAACGAAUAAAAAAUAAAGAAGGUAUUCCUACUGAACAACAAAAACUGAUUUUCGGUGGGAAACAACUCUCAGAUGAUAGAACAUUGUCUGACUAUAGCAUUUCAAAUGAGAGCAUUUUAUUUCUUGUUUUAAGACUUCGUAAACCUGUUAUUCGGCUAAAAUCCAUCAAUAAUCAAAUCAUUAAUAAUGUUCGUGUUGGCAUUGAACUUAAUUUUCAUAUGUGGAUAUUGUCAAGUAUUUAUCCACAACCAUCAAUAACAGAUGGUAGAACGUUUUUACAAUGGAAUAAUAUGAAUGUGUAUCCAGAUGGAAAAAUUAUUUUCCAAGAACAGGAAAAAAACACAUGUAUGAUCGAUCGACUUUAUCCAAUAAUUGACGAUGAAAAAGAAUAUCGAAUGUUAUUUUGGGAAGCGUUAACAGUCGAUUCAUCAUAUAAUUUUAUUCAGCCAGAGAAUUUAUGUGUUCCACGUCAUGAUUUUGGUAGAGUUCUUAAUUAUCUUUUGAAAAAAAUGACCCUGUCAUCUGAAGAUCGUGAUGAUUUAAUUACAUAUGUGAUUCCUCAAUUGGAUGAAGCUGAUCCUGAACAUGAAAAAGAAAAGAUUUUAUUUCAUUUUCUUUCUCCACAAAUAUAUUCAAAAUCAGCGCAACUAACCAUCCGACCACUGCCUCAGCAAUUGGUGCGUGCCUUUCUUAUUUUUGGCUUUGGAACAAAUGAUAGUGAAAUUUCAACACUUGAUCAAUUAGAAAAUGAAAUUCAAAAGGUUAUUAAUACUGAAAAUUUAUCAGAAAGUGGUCUAGUUGUGCAUGAAUGGGGUUCUAUGUUUGUAUAUUGA